AUGUCUCAACAGCAAAGUCCCGAUGGUGCUAGCUCCAACAAUGCGGAAGCUCAGAUUCGCGACUUGCCUACCACCUUUUCGCAGCUCCCACGAACAGAGUCCAACUCAGCCCAAGCCGGAGAUGGGGACCAGCAAGAGAGCAAUGAAUGCAGUUCUGAACACUCUAGUCAUUCUUUGGAACUCGAAGCCCACGAACAAGGGCUCGAUGAGCAGGUCCGUAUAGAGCAAGAAACCCAAGAACGCGAGGCCAUCUGGCAUCGUCGUCUCCAAAGCGAUAGCCCCGACAAUCCGCAAGCUUCUCAGGCACCAUCUCAAACACCCCCUCUCGUCAUCGGGGCGCCGCUGGGCAAGAAUCUCACAGUCGUAGAAGCAGCACGCCGCCUCGUAUCCCAGUGGGAAGCAAUCCACCAGUCCACAGUCUCAUCAAACCCGGAGGCUGCCGGCCCCAUCUGGGAAGAACUAAGCCAAGCCCGCGCUCAACUCGAUGCCCUCACGGCCCAUCAACCACACAGAGACUCGCACAUCCCUCCCCUGGGCGAACCAAACCAAGAUCCAGCAACGACACCCCUCAACUCGCUCCUCGCGCACAAGACAGAAGUCGUCGCCUCCAGGAUCGAGUUCCUCGCAGCCUCCCUCGCCGACUCGACAUUCCCCCCAGAGCGCGCCAACAUCACCGCCGCCAUCUCCCUCUACCGCGCCUCCCGCAUCCCCUAUUCGGCAAACUGGGCCCUUCUCUACGCGGGCCACCUCGUCGACUUUGCCCCGACCUACGCCUCCUUCACGGCGGACCGCGCCGCCCGCCUAGACCGCUACAGCCGCCUCCACGGCGAGGGCUGGCUCUGGAUCGAGCCGCCCCUGGCCCGCGAUCCCGCCGGUCCGUCGCCCUUCUUCUCCGCGCGCAAGGGCACCUUUCUCCCGGAGACGGACUCGGCGUACGACAUGGGUCACUACAGCGUCACCAUGUCGUUUCGUCGGAUGAAGAACCUCGUCUACCGCGGUGCCCUGGUGACAAACAUGUCCAAGAAGCGGAAGCGCGACCGCGACGCCCGGAGCAGCGACGACGAGGCGACGGUGCGCAACGAAAAGGACUGGCCGGCGCGCUCCGCCAAAGACGAUGCGCACGAAGUGUACGACGAUAUCGAUGCCUUCAACUCGGACUCGGACGUACUGCUGCCGCCUCCUCGUUGGCCGAAUAGAUUGCGCACGCCUGCGCCACCGCCAUCGUCCUCCUCCCGCGCAGGCAUACAACCGGCGCAAGGGCUCCGCAGAAACCGCCCCUCGCGGCACCCCCUCAUGGCCCGCGACCCGGCUGCGCCGACGCUGCACUUCCGCACGCUCCUCGACAGCGGCUCGACGCUGCCCAUGCUCUACAACCGCGACGUCCGCGCCCUGGGCAUCCACCGCGCGUCCUACGCCGCCGUCUCCCGCGUCUCGGUGCAGACGGCCUCGGAGGCCAUGGCCACCUGGCUGUACGAGAUGGAGGUCGCCGUGGUCGACACGCAGACGUGCGAGCCGCUCGUCUCGUCCUCGUCGCCCGUCUGGCCGGCGGAGGAGCCCACGCUGGGCGGCGUCACGCUGAUCAUGGUGCGCAAGUCGCCGCGGCUCGACGGCGCCGCCCCUUCCUUCUCGUCGCCGUGCGGGGGCAAGAAUGCCGUCGCCAAGACCACGGGCGAUGGCGAGACGACGUUUCUCGAAAACGCAACGAGCUUGAUCGAUAUCGCUGAGGGCCGCGACUAUGGUCGACUGUCUGGGCUCUUGCCGUUCAAAGUCUGUUAUCUGCAGAGCACCCCGGGCUUGCGCACCAUCUGGAUGGGCGAGGACCGCCGCGAUGUUCUGGGCGCGCACCGUAUGCCCGGACAGAUGCGCUGGGUGCCCGGCACUGGGAGGGUGUGCGAUCCUGGUCAUCCCCGGGAUGUGUGGAAGACGGUCUGCAAAGAUGACAAUGGCAAGCCUUCUUUGCUGCGCAUGGGGCACGAGGAAUCGAUCUGUAGCGACGGGGAGCAAAGGGCUCGCUUGGUCGACUUUGAGGAGAAGGGAUGGAAAGGAAGAAGCGAAGUCACGGUUGUGGACAAGAAAGGUAUUAGGGUGAAGCAUGCCAUUGAGCCUAGGACACUGGACUCGCAGCAACGGAAGCAAAGUAAAAGACUGAGGUAUGCAGACGAGCUGAGUUGA